AUGGCCAAGCGUCAAGUGAUGGUUUGGGACGCCAACGUCCACGAAGAUAUCCUCAUCAGCCUUUUCCAGCACAUCAAGCCCAGUUCUGAUGACUGGGCCAAUGUCAUGCAAGAUCUUCAAGGCAAGGGGUACACGUUCACUGAGGGUGCUCUUCGGUAUGAUUCUCAGUGCGGUGGUCGGCUUGUUUUUGCUUUCUGCCUGUCUACCUAG